AUAGAACGCGACUCUUCCCAUGGAUACCAGAGACGCCGUUUAUGCAGUGAGGUUGGAUACAUUGUAUCAACCGUGGCUCAUCCACCUUCUUUUUUUUCUAUUUCUAUUAUUGAUACAAUGCUAAUCUGAAAACGGGCAAAUCUAAUCUGGUAGAUACAUUGUAACUGUAGAAUAUCUAGUAUGCAAUUUCAAGACUUCUAGCAGCCCAGCCCAGCCAGUUGUGCUAUGCCUACCCCAGCAGUGCAUCAUGAGUAGUGUACGCUGUGUAGGCCACCGUAUAUAUUUUUUAAGCAUAGCAUAGUUCCGCUCCACACGAAGCACAUAGCUUUCCUUUGUUGUUUUCAAAUUAUUUAUUCAUGCAUUAUAAUAAAUGAAGAACAUUAACAAACAUUAUAUUUUGUAUAGUUAUUUAGCCAGCGGAGCUGACGUUAUUACACGUCUAUUGUGCUAAACACAUUUUUAGAGAAUGUGGAAUCGUGGUGGCGUGAGUUCAGCUCUGGAAAGAGCACAGGCACAGCUCUCAGGGAGGAGGUUGACCCAAAGCGCUGCAAAAGAUGACCCAGACCAUUACGUGGCCAAAGGGACAUCCAAAACACAUGGCCAUCCAGAAUAUGUGGAUGCCAUUACCAAAAGAAGAAACAGCUCACAAGACAAAUUAAGACAAAUUCUUGACCUGAGUGACCUAUCACUAUCUUCAGUGGACUCUGAUAGUGAACAUCCCAAAGAGAUCAUCGGCAAAAAGCGGGGAAUAGACAAUCCGCAGCUAGAGGGCCUUAGGGCGGGUGGAGGGAGCAGGUUCCUCAAGAAAGACCCACCACGUGAAAGCCAACCUCCAGCACUGAGUAGGACUCUGUCGGUUCAGCCCAAAUAUGUGACCUCAUCCCAAAGGAGCUCACAGAGCACCGCCCUGAGCCGACUGGCCCUGAUAGAGAAUCGCAUCAGGAAUGGAUCAGGAACUUCUGAUAGGACUAUUCCACAAGCCACCCAGGAGAGGGAGACCACCCCGUCUCUGUCUGCCCAGUCCAGCAGUGAGCUCAGCAUGAAGGGGAAACGCUUCCUGAAGAAGCCAAAGAGGGCAUCACCUACGUCUGGUGUAGCAGCUCCCAAGGAGAAAGGCCCAUAUCUCCAUGCGACGCCGCUGGGGGUUUCCAAAGCCGCUGCUCCAGUCAGGGAGUCCAGUGGGGGUGUAACACUGGACAGUGAUGAGGAAGAUAUGAGAAAGCUCCUGGGAGAUUAUUUGGGGUCAUCAGAGGAUGGCUUGGGCCAAGAAGCAAGAGUGUCCUCCUCACAGAAAACAGCCAGAAAGCUUUUCAUCAAAAGCAGCCAGAAUUCUUCCCCCUCAUCCCCUCUCAUCCCCACUGGCAAACACACCCUCUCACCCACGCUGGGCCACCGUCCCCCCUCUCCUCCACGACACAGAUCUCCCAGGCACUUUCCUAGCCAGGUUUUGGCCCAGUGCAGCCCUUCUCUCUCCGCCGGCAGUGACUCAGUGGUCCUCUCUCAAACACUCUCGUCCCCCGAUGCAUCCUCCCCUGGAAGACAGUCUAGGCAGGUCAGGCUCUCCCGGUCCUCAUUGUCCGCCCUCAGCGAAGUGCACUCCCUGGAGGAGCUCUUCCCUGAGGACCUGCCCUCUGACGAUGCCAUCAGUGAGAAAAGUGGCAUCUCUGAUGUUUAUUCAUCAUCAAGGCAUGUUGUCUCUGCAGAAUACAAGAUGAACAUUAUGUCUCUGGAUGACCUAGCUCCAGUCGGCACAGUUGGGAAAGCUACAUCUAAAAUGAAAGCUCACCGGGACCCUUCUCCUAGAUCUUUUAUGAUGGAAUCUUCUACUGAGGAGCAGGUCCCUUCAGAGGAGCCCAUGUGGGACUAUGAGAGUGACUUUGAGAGUGAGAUCAGGACAGAAACAGACAGGAGUAGUGUGUGCGAGAUUUCUGAGCACCUGGGAGACCGAGAUGAAGAUGUUCCAGAAGUCAGCUCGGCCGGAGAGAACAGCAUGUCUGUCACGUCCCAGAGAGACUCCAAGCGCUCUGGUGUUUCAGAGGGGGACAGUCGCGUCACCCACAAAGACUACAGCAGAACGGCCGAUUCAUUCAGUGGCAGAAGCACUGGAGGAUCCAGUUCCAGGUCGUCCCACUCCAGCUCCGAGGCUGACACAAUCACUCCAUCAAGAGCGUGUAAAAGAAGCUCCCCAAGCAGAAGGAGCUUUAGAGAGGCUGCUGUGCAGACCCAACCAGACGGUCUGACCUACACCUGGUCUUCCGGUGUGGCCACGCUAGGGCCAGCAGUGGGGAAGUCCUAUGAGGAUCCAGCCCCUGUGGCCGGUCACACAGUCAGUGCAGAGGCCUUGAGGGCCCUUAGUACAUACAGCCCUGCUGUGUUUGCCCUCAACGACAUGCUAAGGCAACAGCUGAGUCUUACCAAACACUUUGUCCAGACCAGCCGCCACCUCCACUCCUCCCUGCUGCAGUCCCUGGGCCCUGCAGACCACCCAUACACCACCCUGGAGGACACCAAGGAGUUCAUCCGCUGUCACAAGCCUCCCAAGUUGACUAUGGAGGAGGCAUUGGAGGAGGUUCUUCAGGAGAUGAGGGAGUACCACUAUAUCUGAUCCGACCACCAGGAGCUACCAGGACUCUACGCAUUACACUGGGAAUGGGACAUAGUACUGUUAAACCAUUUCAUACCUAAGACCCACAUUUUCUGAUAAAAACAAACAGAAAUAAUUAUGCAUUCAUGCUAUGACAUUCUUAAAUUAGCUGUGGUGUAGCCUGUUGCCUUCAGAAAGUACAUAAUUUAUUUAAUAGUCCCACUGUGUGAUAUUAAGAUGUCAUAAUCUCAGAAUGUAUCCACUUUUCAUGGAAGCCCAUCCAAACAACCACACCAAUGAAGACCAAGGAGAUUUCAAGUCAAUUCCUGGAUAGUUUUGGACAGACCAUUCAUACCUGGGCUAUAUCUCAAACUUUCAAAAUGAUCCAGUUCAUGGUUGAAACUUUGUCGAGUAUAUGCAAAACUAUGUGAAACACAAAGCCAAAACUGCCCAUUGUUCUGAGAACACCAGCCCCACAGUAAGAUGUGGUGUCAGCAUGUUAUGGGGAAGAUGUUCUUCUGCAUAGACUUGGGAGGGUUGAGGUCUAGAUGUAUACAGCCAAAUACAGGAAAAUCCAUAUGGAAAACCUGCAUCAGUCUGCAUGAGACCUUCAACUGGGGCAGACAUUCCCCUUUUUGCAAGUCAAUGGUUUAAAGACACAGCUCAAAAAGAAACUGACUAUCCUAGAAUGGUCCAGUCAAAGACAAAUAGCAGCAAACAGAUGUGCAAAGCUGCUAAUCUUGUAGCUUUAAUUACUGACAUUUUUUUUUUUACUAAGUAUUUACUUAGGGGUAUACUUAUACAUGUUCAGGGACUCUGGUCAAUGCUCACUUGCAUUUAUUGACCUGGUUGUCUUCUGAUCAUACAAAAACAUUGAUGUGGCCCAAAAGGUAAUGUACCCUUAUCUUCAGCCAGCACAGCCAGAAGAGGACUGGCCACCCCCAAGUCUGGUUUCUCUCUAAGUCUUCCUGGCCACUGUGUAUUAACUCUUGUUGCUUGCUCUUUGGGGUCUCAAGCUGGGUAUCUGUAAAAGCACUUUGUGACAACUGCUAAUGUAAAACAGUUGUUAAAUAAAAUUUG